GGUAAUUCCAAUGGUACUUACAAGUACCAUCUAAUAUACAUACACUUGCGAGUUGAGUUGACGAAUAAGUAACACAAACGCAGUUGUUGUGUUCAGAAUCUUCCUCAAUUCUUAUUAUAUAUGAGCUUUUCGUUCGCAUAUUUCCAUUGCCUAUCUGCAUUUAUUUCUGGGUCCAUAAACUUCUUCCCACCAUGGUGACAAUAUGUCUACAGUGUGGUGACAAAGGAUUCUCUAACGCCUUUGUUUUCUGUGUAGAAUGUCUAGAAGUUGCUGUGCAUCGCUACUGCCUUGAUAAAAUUCCGGAAACAUUUGAUGAAUAUGUCUGUUGGGUUUGUGAUGAUUGUGAGAUGAAGGUGCCAAAACAUGUCAAGAAAUGUCCCAAAAUUGAUUUGGUAGAGCAUAGUCAAUUAGUAGGUGAUAGCAAAGGUAGGAAGAUUAGCGAGAAGGAGAAAUAUAAUCCUACUUAUGUGAUAGAUAAGAAAGAGGUAACAGGACGAGUAAUUAGCUCUUCGGAGCAAUUACAAGCAAGAACUGCUUGCAAUGAACGAAUGCAAUUAGCUGAUCUUUCUGCCUUGCCAACUAAGUUGUCGAAGAGAGAGACUGAUUGUUCACUGACCGAGAUGGUUGGGAAAAGUCUUCAACCUUGUAUUUCCAAGCAACCUCGUGAUGCAAAUACUCAGCUCGAUGCAAUGGGUGAUUGUUCUGCCAUCACUGAAAAGGGGAGUAUAUUUUCGUCUAAUGAUUGUCAUGGAAGGGAAUCAAAAAGAGACAGGAGAUCGACACCGGAAAAUAGAACUGCUCUAAAUGGAGACGCUUCUCAAUCUUUGAACGGCGAACUGCCAAAAGAUUUUAUACAUGGUGUCCAGGAACAAGCACAGCCUGUUUAUGAUCCUAGUUGGAGGGGUGGUUUUUAUAUAUGGAACAAAAAGUAUGAGAUACUUGGCGGACUUGUAGCUCACCUAUCAGUCAAAGCAUGCCAAAAGGUUUUUGAAGAAGCAAAAUUAUUUCCACCUUUGCUUAACCUGGAAAUGCUUCCGAAAUCUGAUAUAUGGCCUAAGAGUUUCAACACAUCAGAACCCUCUGAUGCUAAUAUUGCAUUGUAUUUCUUUCCUUUGGAUGCGAGACAUGUGAUGGAUUUUGAUCAUUUGGUUGAGGAGAUGAUUGGCGAACAACUUGCUCUCCGAGCAGUUGUGACAAAUGCUGAACUAUUGGUUUUCACUUCCACGGAACUGCCCCUGCUUCACUGGAGAUUCCAAAGCAAACACUAUUUAUGGGGCGUUUUUAGAGCAAAGCAGGAUUCUAGUAGCUCUCAAAUGGUAUCGAACGGGAUUAAACCUGUGAUGCUUCAAACUCCAGGGAAUGUUUUGGAUGUCAAAGAUAAGUUAAACCUUGUGAAAGCCAAAAGUUGGGGAGCAGAGAGUCCUAUUAACCCUUUAAGCAAUAGCGCAAGCCUUGCGUCUAGCACUUCCUGAAGCAUCUGAACUCCGAGCUUUUAGCUUUUCAAUAGAUAUACCUCGGUUAUAUUUCAUCUCUUCAAGGUUUCUUCUAAUGGCAGGCCUGUGCCUCUAUUCCUGCU